AUGACGUCGCUCCACCAAGCUUGCUCAUAUGUUGCCUCAGGUGAUCGAGGUCUAAAUAUUCAAAGUGUAGAUCUUCAGUGCCUUAAGAACAUUGUUGCACAUCGGAAAAGGUUUUCUGAGCUGUGUGAUAAAAUUGACAGAAAGAAGUUUUUAGACGUUCUUGGUCGAAGAUCUAAUCUUGAUUCCAUCAAAAAGGAAGUGAAAUUGACACUGCAACAACUCAUUAGCAAAGUCAAAAACCUAAACUUAGUGCCUUUUGUUGGUUCUUCUCAGCAAUCUUCAUCAACUACAACUCCAAAUCCAAGAAUGUCUAUACAUACAAAGUAUCUUCUUCCAUUUCACACUAUAUACAUCAAUAAUAAAUUGCCAUUAGGAGUUGAGCUUAUUAAGUGCAUAUUCAUCUGGGAGCCUGUACAUGAUAUCCUUUAUCUUGCCAGUCAAAAUCAUAUGUGCUUUCAACGCACUGAUGACCUUCUUGGUGCUCCUACUAAGCAUUUGUUUCAUCUUCGUACGGAAUGCAUUGGUCAUAAAGAAUUUGAGCAAGGUUAUCAUGUGUUGAUGUCUCUUAAACUCAGCUAA